CUAGCCAGCCAGCGGCGGCGUCGUCCUGGGCCAGGAUGAGCUACUCCGGCGGCUGCUCGACCUGCCUCGAGGCCAUCUUCUCCGUCGUGCUCCCGCCGCUCGGCGUCUUCUUCCGCUACGGCUUCUGCAGCUCGGAGUUCGCCCUCUCGUCGGCUCUGACGGUCCUGUUCUACGUCCCCGGCGUCGUCUACUCCGUCUGGGUCAUCGUCCUCAAGACGCCGCCGGAGCCACCGGGCAUCGACGGGGAGCGGCCGUACUACAUCCUCGCCUGACGACCGCAGCACUCAACGACCGGUGAAUGAAAUUCAGUUAGGUUGGUCGUUGAGCCUUCGCACAAUUUAGUCUGUAAAUUAGCUGUAACACUAGUGUUAUAUAUACUCCUGCGUGCCAAUUGGAAAAAAAACUAGUUACGGUUGGGGAUGGAUUUUAAGCUCUCAAAAAUUCAUUCAUCUAUUGCAUAUUAUCUAAGCUAUUACUUUUUAAACGGUAUUGAUGGAUUAAUGUACGACUCUAUAAACAUUUAGAUUCAAAUAGGAUUUCUAUGAGCUAGAAUGGAAAAAAAAACAAAUAUCAUCAUGAAGAUAUACAUGAUAG